GCCCGUCUAUGUGGUGCUAUUCUGUGUCAUGGCCGCUGCAUUGUUAUGAUUGGGGAGAAUCCAUUGGACUGGUAGAUAACAGCAAAGGAUAACGUUAUUAAAGAUCUCCUCUGUUGUCAAAGACGUCAUGGAUGAGCAGACUAGCUCUCCUGCAGCCAACGCCGACAACAAUAGCCAGAGGAAUGGAGAUGAGAAGCCACGGCGUGGCAGCUGGACCAAAGGGAGGAAGAGGAAGAAGCCGAUGAAGGACAGCAACGCACCCAAAGCUCCACUUACAGGCUACGUACGUUUCAUGAAUGACAGACGGGAGCAGCUACGGGCAGAACGUCCAGACGUGCCUUUCCCUGAGAUCACGAGGAUGCUGGGCAACGAGUGGAGCAAGCUGCCACCGGAGGAGAAGCAGCGGUACUUGGAUGAGGCAGAGAAAGAUAAGGAGCGCUACAUGCGGGAGCUGGAGAAGUACCAGAAGACAGAAGCCUACAAACACUUCACCAGGAAGGUCCAGGAGAAGCAGAAGGGCAAGAGACACAGGGGAGAUGUCGGGCACCAGGUAGCAAACGAGGCUCUUCAUGAGAAGGAUGCAGAAGGGAAGGACAGAACUGUGUUUGACAUCCCAAUCUUCACUGAGGAGUUUCUCAACCACAGCAAAGCACGUGAGGCUGAGAUGCGGCAGCUGCGCAAAACAAACAUGGAGUACGAGGAGCGGAACGCAGCACUGCAGAAACAUGUUGAGAGCAUGCGUGGGGCAGUAGAGAGGCUGGAAGGGGACGUGAUGCAAGAGAGGGGACGCAACGGGCUCCUCCUCCAGCACUUGGAGACCCUGCGCCAGGCGCUCACCUCCAGCUUCUCCUCUGUACCUCUGCCAGGAAGUGGAGAGACGGCCACCCUCGAAACCAUCGACUCCUACAUGAAGAAGCUCCACAGCAUCAUCGUCGGCAACCCACAAGAAAACGAGAAUCUCAUCAACACUGUGAGAGAUGUGGUCAACCGUUUGGACAGAUAAUUGGACCGGGUCCAGCUGGUUUUGAUGGAUGGAGACUCACAGAGAUGCUGCUUCUUGGCGGCGAAUGUCGAUCUGUCACCCCAAUUGAUUUAAAAUCAUCUUUAAUUCCUCUUCUAAGAUGGUGUAGGUGAAGGUGAUGUAGCGUCUCAUAUUUAUUUAUUAUUUUUUACAUAUUUUUAAAACUGUUCAACACUUUGUUAAUAUAGCUGUAGCUUGUUUUAUAAAGAUUGUGAUGAGAUGACUUUCUGUCACUCCUGUUCUGUCUUCACCGUCCAUUUAUAGCAAAUGCUUUCACAGUGACACCGAAAAACAUUGCCAUGCAAGUUGUGAUCAAACAAAUGUGUCAGUAGGUUUGUAUUUACCAUUUCCAAGAGAGAUUGUUUUUCAUGCUCCAGUGAUGAAAAUAACAUGUGCCAUUUCCUUUUAUUUUCUGUGUGAAGACGUGUUUGUGUUUUCAAUAAAUGUGUUUGCUUGAGCA